UAUGCUGUAAGAUCAUUAGGUUGGGUCAGUAUAGCUGAAGAUGAUCUCACACCAGAGAGAAGUAGUAAAGCUGUUAAUAAAUGUAUUGUAGAUUUAUCAUUAGGUAGAAAUGAUAUCAAUGAUGUUGUUGGACGAUGGGGAGAUGGUAAAGAUUUAUUCAUGGAUUUAGAUAGUAAAAGUUUAAGAUUGGUGGAUACCCAGGAUUUUACCAUCCUCAACUCUCAACCAAUACAAUCUAUUAGAGUCUGGGGUGUGGGGCGAGAUAAUGGAAGAGAUUUUGCGUAUGUGGCAAGAGACAAGAUGUCAAGACGACAUAUGUGUCAUGUAUUCCGAUGUGACAAUCCAGCUAGACAGAUAGCUAAUACAUUAAGGGAUAUCUGUAAGAAGAUCAUGUUGGAAAGAACCCUACAGCAAACCACCAUGAAACUGAACAGACCAACUGAUCUACCAAAUCUAGAAAAAAUGGCUGUGAAUUUUCCAACCCCAAUGGAAGAACCUAAGAAGUCUAUAAGAUGUCAUUAUUUAGGGACAGAAAUUGUUCCAAGAGCAACUGGAAUGGAGAUGUUAAAUCUAGCUGUAAAUAGAGUCUAUGAUAGAGUUCCACCAGAAAGAUGGCAUUUUGUUAAUGUCUCCAUAGCUCCUUCUACUAUUACUAUUACUGAAAAUGGAAAUCCAGAGAAUAAGUUAGAUGAAAUCCGAGUGAGAUUCUUAUCCUUCAUGGGUAUAGCAAUGUCAAAUGUCAAGUUGUGUGCAUUUGUAGUACAUACAGCACAGAACUUAUUUGUAGCCCAUGUAUUUCAUUGUGAACCAUCUGGUGGCCCUUUGUGUAAAACUAUAGAGGCUGCUUGUAAGCUAAGGUAUCAGAAAUGUAUGGAUGCCCACCCACAGAGUCCUAAAACUCCACCUAGUCAGGGCAAGGUAGGUAACUCUUAA